CCGUUCACAUAUACGCAGUCCUGCGAUAUGCCGGCACUUCCGUGAUAAUUCCCCAUUCAUUUUUAUUUGAAAAUAAAAAUUAUACAGAAUCCUGUGAUCAAACGUCUCUGGUAGCGACUGAAGGAUGCGGUUCAAGUCACGUGAACAGGACAUUUUCAAAUAUUUUCAUUGCAGUCUUGGUUUUCCAUGUGAAUUUGUUUAAAAAAUGAAUUAAAAUGUAAAUAUUGGCGUCGGAUAUUGGUAAUACCAGAGUAAUUCGUUAGUUAAUGCGUCGUUCGACUCUGGAAAACGUUCGUCGCUCUGUCCAUUAUUUUUUAUCACAAUUAUUGCAAUCAAGAGGCGAAUGUAGAUUAAUAAUGUGCGUCAAGUGGAGUGUUUUCGCGGUGCAACUGGCCCUGAUGACGAGCCAAGUGCAUCCUCAUAGUGGAGUGAGCACGGAGUCCAGUGAGGAAUACCUGAGGAAGGCGAUGAUUGAGCUGCAGCAGAUGAAAGACGCAAUGCCCACAGUCCCAGUGUAUUUAGGGAGUAAUAAGCAGUUGUUGGCGGGUAAACGUCUGCUAAACACGAAUGCUAAUGCUCUGAGGUUUCAGCGCCAGGGGAUGCAGGGUGUUCAGGAGCCUGCGAGUGCCUCUGGCAGCGCUCAGUAUUAUCAGGUACCGGUGAGGGGUCAGGGUGCCUCGCCGUUCACCAAGAGUGAGCUUAAUGCCAUUUACAAACAGGCAAUGGAGUCCGGGAACUCAAUAAGCGUGGACAGCCUGAAGAAUGUUUUAGCUGGUGGACAACUACCGCUGGGAAAUAGUAAUAAUCAAGACGGAAAUGUUAGACCAACUUAUGCGUACUACUUCUAUCCGCUGAAGUCGUUCAUGAGUGACGUAAGGAAUCACAAUGGAUUUGGUGCACCGGACUUACAGAUGGAGUCAACAAAUCCAUUCCACGAGUCCCAGAAGCAGAUGGUCAUGAAUCCCCUCUUCAUGGCAAUAAGUGGUUUUGUCGGUAUGGCACUGGUGUUCAUGCUAGGUGUACUAAUAAUGCCACGUCUAUUUCCCGACUUCAAGUCACGUUUCGUUCACGAUGAAUUGCUCGAUCUUACCAAAACGGUGAGCGAUGCCAUCGAGUCAUACAACAAAACAACGACAAUACGACCCAAGAAGCACUACCCAGAAACAAUCAUAGGAAUUAAAACUAGACCACGUCAAGGUACAUCCGUGAGAAAACGAAACAAGAUACGUCACAACGCCCAGUGACGUUAGUGGAGCUAAACCCCAGUGAGACUGAAAAUUUAAGACAAUUCAUCGAUUUAUCUCUGCGAAUUUAUUUAUUUCGUUUAUUUAUUUGUAGUUAAUAUUCAUUUCAUCUUAGUUCUCAUUUUCAAAAAAAAAAAAAAGAUUCACUUUACAAAACUCUCCAGCAUUCACACGCGACAACAAUAUUGUGAAAUUAUAAUUGUUUCGUCGUUUCA